CCUGAUUCGCCUGCUGAACACUGCCCCCUUUCUCCAUCUGUCCCUUCACACCGGGCUGGUGCUGGUGGCAGGGCUGGAGAGGGAAAGGGCCUGCAGUAAGACUAAAAUCUCAGAAUGACCCUAAGAAGGACAGAGGGGGAACAGUAAAGGAUGUGAAACUGGGGGAAAUACUGUAGUGGGAACAUGGGGCUUGCACAGGAAGAUUCCCUUUUACUGAAUGCCUGUGUGGAAAGCUGACAAGGGUAUGGCUUCUCUGUUUCUGCAUGAAGCUGCAUGUUUAUGUGUCUUUGUGGCAGCAGGGACCGUGGGUAGCAUAGGCACUCAGAGAGGUGUGGAUAACUGUUUUAUGUGAGACAAGACAGUGGCUAGUGGGUAUUUACAGUGCUUUUUCUAAGACAACAGCACUGGAGGUGUAGCUGUAGGGCUGUUAGUAUCAAAGUCAGGUUUUUGGCAUUUAUUGGGUGUUGGGGGCGGGCUGGAGCAGAGUGUGUCUAUGUGUGCACUGGGGGGAUGUGGCUGAGGAAAAGGCCAAGAGUGAGCUUCAGCCGCCAUCAUCAUGAAGAGAACAUCCUCUAUUAUGUGAGCUGAUGUGAGCAAGAGUAAGAUCAUGGGAGAUAUGAAGACUCCAGACUUUGAUGAUUUAUUGGCAGCCUUUGACAUCCCUGACAUGGUAGAUCCCAAAGCUGCUAUAGAGUCAGGCCAAGCUGAUCAUGAGUGUCAACUCAAACCAACAAAUUCAGUGACUACACCUCAAGAUGAGCCCCAGAGCGCCCAAGAUGGGGCAAUUAGUGUCAUUGUUAAGAACACUCGAAAGAAGGAGAAUAAAGGACAUACACAUUCUGAGCCUCACUCUGCUGUCAGCCAAAAGGGCUGUUUGGCCACUAUUCUAUCUAUAAGCUGUGAUCACAACCAAAACAAAUGGAGCUCUCCAAAUGAGAAUGGAACCAAAUCACCUCUGUUCAAUAAAUACAGUCCCAUCUCAAGUGCUGAAGAAAAUGAUGAGGAAGAAGAUUGUGGUGACAAAUCUGGUAGUCAGUCCCCCAGUGGAUCAACCUCUGAUGACAAUCUAGCAAAAGCAAGUACACAGGGUAAUGUAAAACAUGAUCAAAACAACAACAGCCAAGCAAAUACUGAUUUCUCCAUUUCACUCAAGGACUGUAGAUCGCACGAAGAAUUAGGAGCGAUUCCAAAACCUGAAGAACUAAAACUGCGCAAAAAUGAUAAGCCCUCAGAACCUUGUUGUUUGUCUAAUACCUUCGCAGUAAAAAAUAAACUCUCUCAUACUCUGUCUCCAUGUGAAAAAGCCAAAGCUGUCCAUAGUCUCAAAAGGCCUGCUACUGCAAAUACUGCAACGUACAAUGCUCAAGAAGAGGCAGUUAAACCCAUACUUGUUAGUCCUCAAGAAGAUGACAGCCCUGAAACUCCUGCAACGCUUGAAAAUUCUGAACAGUCUCCACAGUUGCAAACAAAGAGACCAGAUAGCCCUUCAAUGACCACAAGUGAAGGGAGCAGCAACUGUUCUCCUGCUUCAAUCACUGCCAACAACCCAGUGAUCCCAAAAGUCCGUAUUAAAACUAUUAAGACAAAGACUGGACAAAUAAAACGCACAGUUACUCCAGUUUCUUCUGAGCAUAAGGGCAUUCGAAAAGCUGGGAUUUUCAAAAGCCAAAACUUUAUAGGAACAACCACUGCAAUUUUAUCUCCUCCAAGACCUUCACUACCAAUGACAGAAGUAACAAAUUCUGGUGACUUGGUAAAUGAUGUUCCCAAACACAUGACAAUGAAGCCUGUCGCGACAGCCUUUUUACCUGCAUCAGCCGUUAAAACAGUUGGUUCACAAGUGAUCAGUCUUAUGCUGGCGGAUAACACCACAGUCAAAGCUACAGUGAUCCCAGCUUCCUCAAUGCCAAGUACAAGUGGGGCACUUCUCAAAGGUGCAAAUGGCAUUCAACAACAAGCUAUCAUGGUCCCCUCCUCUAAGGUGGCUACUGCUAAACUUGUGCCAAAGACAGUGCAUCUUGGCAACCUCAAUCUCUUACCUAGAACUAUGACAACAUCCUGCUGUGACCUCCAACAAGUCUGCUCUUCCUCACAAACACAUCAAUCUCACCUCAUGUCAAAAAAAGUGUCCAAGGUGCAAGUGUUUGGGAGUUCUCAAAGUUCUCUGGUGGAUGCCUUCAACAAACUCCUGGGCAGCAUUAACCCUGUUCCCGUGUAUGUCCCAGACCUCUCCCCUCCAUCAGCGGCCUGUAUAACUCUACCAUGUCGAGGCUACAGGUGCUUGGAGUGUGGGGAUUCUUUUGCCCUGGAGAAAAGCCUGGCGCAGCAUUGUGAACGUCGUAGUGUCAGGAUUGAGGUGACUUGCAACCACUGUAACAAAAGUCUACUGUUUUACAACAAGUGCAGCCUGCUGUCUCAUGCCAGAAGCCACAAAGAAAAAGGUAUGGUCAUGCAGUGCUCAAACCUCAUCCUCAGACCAAUCCCAACAGACCAGAUGAUCAUUACCACAAGUCCAGUUGGUACACAGGGUACGGAUGCCACUUCCCACUCCACAAGACUAAAAAGAGUGUCACAGACUGCAGCACAAUACAUGCCAUGUUCUGCAAAAGCUGAGUCCUUGGAGGAUGAAACAUCAAAACAGGACAGGCCAAAUCUUAAAUGUUGGGAAUGCAAUGAAAUAUUUGAGGAUGUCCACUCUCUAGCAGUUCACUACAAACAGGAGUCCAGUAGCCAGAAAACCUGCUCUAUCUGCCAAAUGAUUCUACCAAAUCAAUGCAGCUUUCUGUCGCACCAGAGAAUUCACCAACAUAAAUCUCCAUAUGUGUGUCCUGAGUGUGGAGCUAUGUUUCAAUCAGUCCAACUUCAGUCGCAUCAUGUCAACAGAACCUGUCUGCACUACACAAGGAGGAGCGGCUACAGAUGUGUCCACUGCAGCGUGAUCUCUACUGACGCUUCCACUCUCAAGUCCCACAUCCAAAGCUCUCACUGUGAGAUCUUCUAUAAAUGUCCUAUCUGUCCAAUGGCCUUCAAGUCAGCUCCUGGGACACACUCUCAUGCAUAUACACAGCAUCCAGGAGUGAAAGCAGGCGAGCCCAAGCUGAUCUACAAAUGUGCCAUGUGUGACACUGUAUUCACUCUACAGUCUCUACUCUACACACAUUUGGAACAACAUGUCAAUACUCACAAAGUACCUGUUUUCAAAUGCCCCGACUGCUCCAUGUACUACGCACAAAAACAACUCAUGCUGGAUCACAUUACGGCCACUCAUGGUACUCUGAAGACAGCUGAGGGUCCAUCAAGUCUCAGCCUCCCUCUCAUCACUAGAUCCACCAACUCCAACAGCUCCAGUGCCAACACCAACCACAACAAAGACAGUGCAAAUGAAAAGUGCCACAGCAGACCUGACAAGUAUCUGCUGGCAAAGAAAGCAAGCAGCAGCCAAAAAGAGCUGAAAAAUACAAGUACUGGAUACACGUGUGGGGAGUGCAACAUGGUCUUUACUUCCAAGGAGACAUAUGUGGGACACGUGCGCAAAAAGCACGGAAAGAUAUUAAAAAAACACCCGUGUCAUCACUGUGAGAAGUCCUUUUGUUCUAUGCACAGUCUCUGUCGACAUAAUCGUCUCAAACACAAGGGGCUGCACAAAGAUCUCCCCUGCCCACAAUGUCCACCUCUAAGUCAACCUUUUAUUAAAAGAGCUGUGUUGGACCAACAUGCUCAGCUGAAUCAUGGUGAUCAAGAACAGAAAACUGUCCAUACUAGUGUCACAGGGACAGAGUCUGAUAAGGAAAUGACAAGUCCAAAGCGGAGGUCAGAAGAAUAUGAGGGGUCUCCGGAUGUUAAUAACAGAAGCUCUGAUUCACAGCCUUUGAAGAAGCUCAAAGUAAAUAUCCUAAAAGUUCAUAAAUGUGCCGUCUGUGGCUUUAACACAGAGAACAUGACUACUUUCCACGAGCACAUCCCUCGGCACAAGUUUGAUGGCUCUUCAUACCAGUGUAAGGAGUGUGGACUCUGCUACACUUCCCCUUGCUCCUUGUCCAGACACCUGUUUAUCGUUCACCGAGUGAAGGAGCCACGUGGGCUCGGCCACAGACAGGGCAGAGGGGACGAGAGCCAGAGAGAGAACCAGCUCAACAGUGCAGACGAGAAUGACGACGGUACACCAAACACCAGAUGUAAAGUGUGCAGUCGGGAAUUUGAAACUGAGGGGAUUUUGAACACUCACAUGAGGACACAUGGGAUGGCUUUCAUUAAAGCAAAAGCGAACAGAGAAGCGAUGAAUACUGACCAAAAGCAAUACAGCGCCCAUGAUAUAAACAAAACUCUGGUGUAAAUAACAGGCAGCCACAUAAACAUGUAUGUACAUGUCCACAUAUAUCCUACACGGUUUAGACAAACUGUUCAGAUAGAAUUUUACUGUAUUUAAUCUUGUCAUAUUUUUUUACAUUUUUAUUUUAAUUGCCUUUAGCUUUGUCUAGAGUUAGAUAGUUUGGGGGUACUGUGGCCUAUACUGACAUAUACAUAUUGUAACAAUGUGUUUAAUCUGUAAUAUGCAGAGUUUUAAUGCUGCUAUGUCCAAUGAAUGUAUUGUAUCACAGACGUUUUGUAAAGUUCCCAAUCAAUGUAAACUUUAAUGUAGGACCUACGUUGUUGUUCUCCUUAAGAGUUUAACAAAUCAACAAAUCAAUAAACAACUGGAUGUCGAC